UGUGUGGUCAUUUGUUUGUAAUAUAAUCUCUUUAUUAUUUCAUAUUCGUUUCAUAGCUCCUCCAAAAUGAUUUGUAAACCUAUGAACUUCAUAAAAAUUGAAAGUUUAUUCCGUAUCGCUUUGAGAAAAAGUAUUUCCCACCAUUACGAACCUAUCUGCAGUACGAAAGCGCCUUUCAUACUACUGAAAGCAAUACACACAAGCCAAGUGGGCUGCCGAGAUUACGUGUACAAGCCUUACCAGGCGCCGCCUUUCGAAGACCACGACCACAAGAAUAUGCGGCUCAACAGGCCCAUGUCACCACAUUUGACCAUUUAUGCGCCGACCUUGCCUGCUAUGACUUCAAUAGCGCAACGCGCAACUGGUUCAAUCCUAACGUUUUACGCCAUAGUACUGUCUGGUGGUGCACUGUUCCUGUCUAAUGGCAUCGACAGCAUCGUAUCAAUGAUACAAAGCCUGAACUUAAACAGCUUUUUCAUAUUGAUUCUUAAGAUUAUUUUAGGUCUCCCGUUUGGUUACCAUUAUUUCUGUGGCAUUCGUUUUUGUUUGUUUAACAUAGGCAAGAUUAUGGAUAAAGCAUCUUUGUACCAGACUGGUUAUCAGGCCAUUAUAGCUGGAGGCAUAUUGGCGGUGUUGGUCGCUUGGUGCUAACUUAUAUUUAGUGCCGACUGCAUUGAUGUCGCAAUUGUCAAACAUCCGGGAAGCAACAUGGAGUUUGACAUUUGCGCCAGCAAUGUAG